AUGAGUAAUAUCAAGAAGAAAAUAAAGAUACGACAGGGUCAUAGAGUUUAUCUUACGAAGAUUCUUGGCAAUGCCGAUGAUAUUGUUCAAAACUACGAUGGAAAUCAAGAAAAGAAACUAAAGCAAAUCAGGAUCACUCUAAAAGAACGAUUGGACACUUUAAAGACCCUUGACGAAGAGAUUCUAGAGCUUAUCGAAGCUGACGAGGAAAUAUCUACUGAGAUCGAAGAAGCAGGAAAAUAUCGCGAGAGUGUUCACGAAAUGAUUGUAAAUAUCGACAGCGUGCUCGAGGCCAAACCGAUGAAUGAAACUAUGUCUAUGAGUAUGAACGAUUCACAGCAACUAUCUACACCAGGACAUUAUCAAUCGACAAUAAAACAUGCGAAGUUGCCAAAACUUACUCUAAAACAAUUUGAUGGACAGCCAUGCGAAUGGCAAGCAUUUUGGGACAGUUUUAAGUGCGCAAUACAUGAGAAUCCAGGGUUAUCCGACGUGGAUAAAUUCAAUUACUUAAAAAGUUUACUGGAAAAGUCUGCAGCAGCCACGAUCGAGGGUUUAUCGUUGACAGAGAGUAACUAUGAAACUGCGAUUGAAUUAUUACAGCAAAGAUUCGGAGACAAGCAAGUUGUCAUUAGUAGCCAUAUGGAUAGUUUAUUAAAACUCCCACAACUACGUUCAUCUACCGAUACUAAAGGUUUACGGCGUCUUUAUGAUCAAAUCGAAGCACACGUGAGAGGGCUAAAAUCGUUAGACGUGCCAGACACGGAAUACGGAGCGUUGUUAUUACCGAUUUUAAUCGGCAAAAUACCCGACGAAAUAUGCAUUUUACUCGAUCGCAAAAUGACAGGCGAAUCAUGGAAUUUGAAUACGUUACUUGAGAAUUUUCGCGAGGAAUUGGAAAACCGGGAAAGAUGCGAAGGAAUUCAAGCUUUUUCUUUUAGAGACGGUCGAAAUUUCAACGAACAACGAGGAGGGAGAAAAUAUUCGAACACGCCAUUUACGGCAGCAGCGCUAAUGACGGGUAAGACAACUAUUAACUGUUCGUUUUGUCAAAUAGAACAUACGUCAGCCAGUUGUUUUGUUGUUACGGAUAUCGAAGCAAGAAAACAGAUCUUACGAAAGCAAGGACGAUGUUUUUUGUGUCUCAAACGAAAUCAUAUUGCUCGGGAUUGCGAAUCAAGGUAUAUGUGCAAAUAUUGCUCGGGAAAGCAUCAUGUUAGUCUGUGUAAUAAUAAUUCGAGACAGUCCUUAGCAACAAAGUCGAGACAGUCCUUAGCAACGAGACAAGAAUCAAAUUCCAGACAGCAAUUAGGAAAUGUACAAGAUAGUCUAGCUAAAGAACAAACAACACAAUCAAGGGACACGAAAGACACAGGAAACACGAAAGAGACCAGAAAUUAUCACGCAUGUUUACAAGAUUCAGUCUUAUUACAAACAGCCAAGGCGAAAGUUGGCGUUGGAAACAAGAAGUUGACCACUGAGGUAAGAGUUAUUUUUGAUUCGGGCAGCCAGAGAAGUUAUUUAACGCAACGAGUGCGAAAUAAGUUGCAAUUGCCCACAGGAAGUACAGAGUCUUUACGAAUAAAAACAUUCGGAGAAUGCGAAACUGAACUAACUGCUUCUUGUGAGACAGUGAACUUAGCAGUUGGGGACAUUACUGGUAGAACUAGAACACAAGUAGAAGCAUUUGUCGUGCCAGUGAUUUGUGCACCGCUAGGAAAUCAAGAAAUUGACAGAGCACAAGUAGAGUACAAACAUUUGAGUGACUUAAACUUAGCUGAUAAUAAUGAAGGGGACGGUGUAGCAGAGAUAGAUUUAUUAAUUGGAGCUGAUCAAAUCGGUAAAUUUUUCACUGGCAAGAUAAGACGGGGGGAGAAUGCCAAUAGUCCAAUUGCAAGCGAAACAAUCCUGGGAUGGGUUUUGUCAGGCCCAAUGCCAUCAAGAAAGAAAACUACUCUGUCUUCUGUGAACUUUGUUUCAACUCAUGUAUUGAGAGUAGCAGCCGAAUUGCCAAGUGUGGAGAAUGAAAAACAACCUGAGGAGUUAUUACAUCGUCUGUGGGAUUUAGAGUCAAUUGGUAUAACAGACAAAGAGACGGUGCAUGAGUCAUUUGAAAGAAACGUAUCUUUUGAGAAGGGUAGAUAUCAUGUUAAAUUACCCUUGAAAGAAAAACAUGAUAUUUUACCGGACAAUUAUGAUUUAAGUCUAGCACGAUUAGACUCGCAAGUGAAACGUUUAAGGCAAGAACCCAGUCUAUUUGAGGAAUACAACCAGAUAUUUAAAGAACAAUUAAGUCAAGGAAUUGUUGAAAAGGUUGAAGAUCAAAAUGAAGACUCAGUACCAGGCACUACACACUAUCUCCCACACCAAGCAGUGGUACGAAAAGAUGCAACCACUACAAAGGUGCGAGUUGUUUACGAUGCCAGUGCGAAAGUUAAACCAAAGUGCCCAUCUCUGAAUGAUUGCGUUCACACUGGACCAUCUCUGGCUACAGAUAUUCUAAAGGUUCUUUUGGGUUUUCGAGGACGAAGAAUUGGAAUGGUUGCAGAUAUUGAGAAGGCAUUUCUCAAUAUUGCUAUUGAUGAGGAACAAAAGGACAUGAUGCGUUUCUUGUGGAUCGAUGACAUAAACAAGGAAAAUCCAUAUGUUGAAGUCUACCGCUUCUGUAGGGUUAUUUUUGGCAUGAAGUGCUCUCCAUUUCUCCUGAAUGCAACAUUACGUCACCACAUUACGAAUUACUAUUAUGAUGACUCUAGCUUUGCAGAAAGGAUUCUUUCAGAGCUUUACGUUGAUGAUUGGUCAGGAGGAGGAGAAUCUACGGAUGAUGCAUAUAUAAUGUAUCGACAGAUGAAAUCUUGUUUCGCAGCGGGCAAUUUUAAUCUGCGGAAAUGGGCUACCAAUAGUCCAGUAUUGAUGGCUCAGAUUCAGAAUGAUGAGGAAGUAUUAAAGUCACUAACCACAGAGCAUUUGAACAACACUGGUGAAAGCUCAUAUGCUAAAGAGUCGAUUGGCGGUCUGGAAGAAAUAGAAACCCCGAAGGAACAUAAGGUACUUGGGAUGAAUUGGGAUACUGACAGCGAUACUUUUGUUUUAAAGUUAACAAAAGUUGUUCAAUUUGCAAGAAAUUUAGAGCCAUCAAAACGGAACGUUUUAAAGAUAGCAGCAAAACUGUUUGAUCCACUCGGACUUCUCUCGCCAGUUACUGUCUUGCUGAGAAUGCUUCUACAAGAAUUGUGUGCAGCUAAGUAUGAAUGGGAUGCAGUCAUAUCAGAAUCCAAUCAGAAGGUGCUCGAGAAAUGGAUUGAUGAUUUAGAGACGGUGAGUUCUAUAGUUGUACCUAGAUAUUACUUUUUGGCAGAGGAGAGGCAUCCUGAAAGUGUGACUCUUCACGGAUUUGGAGAUGCUUCCCAAAAAGCUUGUUGUGCU